GGUCCCGCCGCGCCACUCGCAGCGCGGCAGCCUCAGGCAUGACCACUGCGGCGGCGGCGGCGGCGGCGGUGGCCCGCGGGGCCGGGGUGAGGGCGGCGGCCGUGGCGGCCCUGUGGGGCGGUGGCGGCGGGACUGCGGCCGGAAGGCGGCCGCGCUCGGGCCCCGCUCGGCCCUUGUGCACCGCGCCCGGGACCGCCCCGGACAUGAAGCGCUACCUGUGGGAGCGCUACCAGGAGGCGAAGAGGAGCACGGACGAACUGGUUCCUUCGAUUAUGAGCAACUUGCUGAAUCCAGAUGCCAUUUUCUCCAACAAUGAAAUGAGCCUGUCGGACAUCGAGAUCUAUGGCUUCGAUUACGAUUACACCCUGGUGUUCUACUCCAAGCACCUCCACACCCUGAUAUUUAAUGCCGCUCGGGACCUUCUCAUCAACGAACACCGGUAUCCCGUGGAAAUCAGGAAAUACGAGUACGACCCCAACUUCGCCAUCCGCGGACUGCAUUACGAYGUGCAGCGGGCAGUGUUGAUGAAGAUUGAUGCUUUUCAUUACAUCCAGCUGGGGACUGUCUACAGAGGCCACAGCGUGGUCCCCGAUGAGGAAGUCAUUGAAAUGUACGAGGGGUCCCACGUGCCCCUGGAGCAGAUGAGCGACUUCUACGGAAAGAGCUCCCACGGCCACACCAUGAAGCAGUUCAUGGACAUCUUCUCCCUGCCGGAGAUGACCCUGCUGUCCUGUGUGAACGAGCACUUUCUGAAGAACAAUAUCGACUACGAGCCCGUGCACCUGUACAAGGACGUCAAGGAUUCAAUUCGGGAUGUUCACAUCAAAGGGAUAAUGUACAGAGCAAUCGAAGCAGACAUUGAAAAGUACAUUUGCUAUGCUGAGCAGACCCGUGCAGUGUUGGCCAAACUGGCUGAUCAUGGCAAGAAGAUGUUUCUCAUCACCAACAGUCCCAGUAGCUUUGUGGACAAAGGGAUGAGGUAUAUUGUUGGGAAAGACUGGAGAGAUCUGUUCGAUGUGGUCAUAGUUCAGGCCGAGAAGCCAAACUUCUUCAAUGAUAAGCGGAGACCUUUCCGAAAGGUGAAUGAGAAAGGUGUCUUACUCUGGGAUAAAAUCCACAAGUUGCAGAAAGGCCAGAUUUACAAGCAGGGCAAUUUGUAUGAAUUUUUGAAGCUCACUGGGUGGAGAGGCUCCAGAGUGCUGUAUUUCGGGGACCACAUAUACAGUGACCUGGCGGAUUUGACCCUGAAGCAUGGCUGGCGGACUGGUGCAAUUAUCCCCGAGUUAAGGUCGGAGCUCAAAAUCAUGAACACGGAGCAGUACAUUCAGACCAUGACCUGGCUGCAGACCUUGACUGGCUUGUUGGAGCAGAUGCAGGUUCACAGAGAUGCUGAGUCGCAGCUGGUCUUGGAGGAGUGGAAAAAGGAGAGGAAGGAGAUGAGGGAGAUGACCAAGAGCUUCUUCAACGCCCAGUUCGGAAGCCUGUUCCGCACAGACCAGAACCCCACCUACUUCCUGAGGCGCCUGUCGCGGUUCGCGGACAUCUACAUGGCGUCUCUGAGCUGCCUCUUGAACUACGACGUCAACCACACCUUCUACCCCAGGAGGACUCCCCUGCAGCAUGAGCUGCCCGCGUGGUCCGACAGGGCCACCACCUCCAGGGCUCCCCUCCUGCAGGAGGCGCAGGCCAAGUAACCCUGGCCCCUGGGGAAAGGGCCAGAAGCAGCCUGGCCCCCACCGUGUCCACUGGAUGGGGUGGACUCUGGGUGGGCCCAGUGGCUUUCUGAAGAGACACGAUAGGCUUUUGAUGUGUUUUGCACCUARAGGACAGGACUCCCCAGGCUGAGAGGAGCCUGCCACCCACUGGUGCGCCUCCCUUCUCUCCGGGCCUGGGCGUAGCUUGGUACUGGAAGUCCCACUCCGCCUUGUUCUCUAGGACCUGGAACUGACCUGGGUUAGGUGAGACCACUCSUGCCAGCAGGUCCUUUAGACGCUGCUCUGGCUCUUGCACCGUUUACCUUGGGGGCUGCAGAGCCUGAGGAUGCAUGGAGAUACCCCGUCGGCAGCAGGCAGACACUUCAGGAGCUGUUGCUGGCAGUAACCGCUGUGAGUGGCAGAGGUCCCUGAAUGGCAGGAUGCCCCGGUCUCUGGUCCUGAGGCUUUGGCGGGCCUUCCUGUGGUGGAUCGCGUCCAAGAGAACCCAGCCUCCUGGAAGGACUUAGAGGAGAAGGAACAAGAACACUGUCCUCAUUGUGUGCUGCUGUGACCCAGCCCAGGCCAGGCGAGGACAUCUGGUACAACAGGAGAUGGGAAUGAGGGCGAGGGCACUGCUCUGGCUACGGUCACCUUCCAGUUGGCCGCACCUCUGCCUACUGUCCAACGAGGCUGUGAGACAUCCGUGGGGCAGAAGAACCCCAGCCUUUGUGGGAGGUUCCCCAGACCCACAGGAAGCCCAGAAUCGCCGCCCUGAGCCCUGGUCUCCUGCACUUACUGAAGGAAAGAAACGGAAACAAGACAAGACCCUUGUGCUGAAGUCCUAUACCACAGCACCCCCAGGCUAAGCUGGAAUCUUGUUAGAGCAUGUUUCCAGAAACUGUCCUGCUCUGCGGGGGGACAGACAAGGUGGCUUYCUCUCUCGACAGCAACCACAUGGGAGAGGUGCCGCUUUGGCAGAGGAGAAGGAAGGGGCCUUCCCCAGCCACCUCCAGCCCUUGCUUAGUUCUGGUUCCUGCCCCGUUUGAGUGGCUCCGGAGUUCAGGUGGUUUCCUUUUGGUGGUUCAGGUGGGACAAGGUGAGAGACAUCGAAGUUAGUAGGAAGACCUGGGUCCUGAGCUGUUCUCAUUUCUAAGACUGAAGCAAAUGGCCAUGUUCUUCUCCUUACUUCCUCCCUCUGGAGGGAAGAACGCUUUAUUAAUCUGUCGUCGUAGCAUCUUUCUCUGAGCACCUCAGGGCUGUGCUGUUUUUAUUGCAGAUGCUUCUGGCCAGUGAUCUUGUCUAGUCUUGCUGGGAUUCAUCUUGGGAUCUUGCUCUUUAAAUCUGGAGAAUGGGCAGGAACCUGGGGGGCCUGUGGAGAGCACUUGCUCAUUUAGCAUGUUUAUGUAGGAAUCGUACCCGGCUGUUGAACACCCGCCUGGCAUUGCAUGGGCUUCCGCCAACAUGCAGGAGUCCAGUGAGUUACGUGGCACCCUCUGGCUCUGCUCAUUGUGAUGCGGUUUGACUUUGGUAUUUGGUUGUUUAACUGUCCUGGUGGAGGUGAUGCUUUAGACCCAGGUAGGCUUCUUUUCCUUCUGUGUUGUAGGAUGAACACUGUAGGGCACAGUCGUCUGACCCUCUUUUGGGACAGUGGGCGUGUUGUUGGUGUCWCCCAGGUGCUUCACCACCAGUGUUUUGGAGUCUGGCUUUUAAGGCAGCAAGUGAUGCUCAGAACUGCUCAGUUA